GACUGACCGGCUGCGGCGUGAGACCGAAACGGAGGCGCGGCGGCUGCGGCAGCAGCUGAGAGACACCGAAGAGAAAUAUGCACAUGACUCGCACAUGCUGAGGUCGCGCGCUGCAGCAGCGCAGCAAGAAGCAGGGACGCUGCGGGCUGAAGUGCAGCAGCUCUGCGAAGAAGUCGAGGGGCUGCAACUCGAGAAGCAAAGACUCCACGAGGCCAUUGCCAGCGUCGAGAGCGACAGCAGGGCCAUCCACGGAAUCUUCAGAAAACACAUGCAGGUGCUGCAGCAGCAGCAGCAGCAGCAGCAGCAGGAGUAG